AUGUGUCAGACACCCAACAAGGGAUUGGAUGCCAAGUUCUUGGGCAAGAAUGGAGGGACUUAUUGGGAGGUGAUGAACUCAAGUUAUUCAAAGGCCCUGUCUUUUGAGCGAUACUUUCAAAGUAAACUGGCCAACUCGGUUCACAUGUAUGGUCUGCACGAACGACUGAAAGAUGGCAAGAUCAAGACCAUUUGUGCCCAUCCCGGUGGUUCCGAUACCAACUUGGUGGAUCACUACAAGUUUGGAUGGCCCAAACUUCUAAAGAUGGUGCACUUGGACUUUUUGAUUGAGAGGAAUGAUGGAUCCUGA